AUGGCGACGUUGGACGAUGAUGGCAAAUCACAGGAACGUGCUUCCGCUGUCUUGCGGGAGCUCUGUGGAUACCUGGUGCAGCAAGUGCACAUAGGUCGCACCGUUCACGUGCCCAACUUGGGCUUGUUCUUCGGUGGGCCUGGGAAGAUGCACUUCAAGGUCUUAGAGAAGCUGCUGCCGCCAGAGCACCGCUGGGAGGGACCCAGUCCCGGCAUCGGACCGAUCGCCAAAGUGCGGGUAGAGAAGAUUGCUCGCGGUGCCGGGGUACAUAAGGAACUCGCAGAGGAGCUGCUGCAGACAAUGGUGAAAGACUUUUGGGCUGCCAUCCAGGAGUCACCGGAAGUGGAGCUGGAUCUGCCUGGCGUGGGCAAAAUCAAGGUUCAGGAAAAGACCUUGACCUUCGAGGCUUUUGGCACUGAGCUGCCCAGAGCCAAGGUGACGGCAGAGCACCAGAUGUUUAGCCGCACGGCCGGUGAGCUGUGGUCGCGGAUGCCCCAAAGUCAGCACUCGCUUCGGUCCAAAGCAGAGGAAGCGAAGGAGCUCAAAAAAUCCACUUCCACGCCAGUUCUGAAACCCCUGAACCACGAGGCGAGGGUGAACGGCGAGGUGUCAUUUCCCAGCAGUUUCAAGGAUCGCAAAUUGGCUUCUCUGAAGGAGGAUGCUGAAGCGAUCAGCAAACGUUUCACUCGUCAGCUGCCGGUCUCGGAUCGGCUCUUCCCGCCCAUCUUGGAUCGCUGCUCGCGCACCCGCGCCGCGCUCUUCAGGGAGUCGGUCAACCGGGACCACAUUAGCAACGUCAUUGGUUCCAACUACUCGCCGCACUCGCGGUCCCUGACCAUCGACCACGAGGCGCACGCCUCGUUGUCGGACACGCUGAUCCGGCGGAAGCCGGAACCAAAGACGGACAACCAGGACAGGGCCCAGGACGUUCGAAACCUGGACUGGACGGCAGAGUGGCCUGCGAUCCUGGAGGACUCCCCCGUGGCCGGGGAGAUCGAGGCAGUUCAAAUGUCUAAGAAGGAGUUCUGCCGGAUUCUUUGCAGAUAUAGGCACUACACCGAGGCAGGGGUGCCUGCGGAGGUAUUGGCGCCCUAUCAUCGGCAGUGGUUGGAACAUGCCGUUUUGCUCUUAGAAUUCGAGAACGCCUCCCGCUGGCCCAUGCUUGGUCCAGAGGAACAGAACAAACUCAUUGAGGAGUUGAGGCAUGAGAUCCUGAAGGGCUACAUCCGCGCGGCCAAGUCCUCCAUGGUGAACUACGCGCUGUUGGACGAUCGUUCGAAGAAGCGCUUGGACGUGCCCUUCAUUCCCAGCCCGCCACCAGUUUGGGGCGACUUGGUUUUUGAGGUGCCCGACAUUGGUACCCCCGGAGGACCUCCGCAGCAAUGGAGAGCGGGUUUGCAGCAGGCGCGAACAUCCUUAGCCAAUCGACACGUGCAGAACUCAGCCACCGCGCUACGCCUCGUGGACUUUUGGUUGAAGGAAUGCCAGGAAGUGCGAUUGGUGAAUCUGCCUGGACGCCACGCGGACUUCUGCGACAUCAAAACCUUCUUUGCUGCACAAAGCUCGAUGAGGGAGAUGGGCCUGCAGGAACUCUCCAACAACUGGCAGCAGGUGAUUCAGAUCGUCUCAGAAGAGCCGCAGUACCUGUUGAAGGAGGAGGCCGAGGGUGAGGCUUCACCCUCCAAUCUACCGAGUCUACCUGGUAAUGCGGACCCCGACAAGAUGGAAGUCCAUUUCUUCAACUCUGUGGCGUCCCUGCUGUCGCAAUUGGCACGCAACGUGGUGGAGCAGAGCUUGGAGGAAUAUGUGACCCUCUUUCGUCGCUUUGAACAGUCGCCCUUACACUACUCGGCAGUGAAGGCACUGACCAGUCAGGACAAGUGGCAGGACGACAUGCUGGUGAACAAACUGGUGGUGGAUCAGCAAGGCGAAGUGCGCUUCAAGCACGACACCGACUUUGUCCAUGCAAGGUUGGUUCAACCCUACCGGGACUGCAUCACGUGCCUUCGCGAGUUGCCGAGACCUGAUACCAAACUCAAGGAGAUGGUGAGCAGAACGUUGCUCUGGCAGGUGAAGGAAGAAGAACAGCACAUCAAGGCGGGCUUGGAGCAGUUGGAGCAGAUUGUGGAGAUGAACUUGGCCAACAUGGCAAAGGCUUUAGAGCUCUAUGAGCCCUUCAAGUUUUUGUUGGUGGAAGAAGAGCACACCACUGCCUUCUUUGAGGAUCAAUCCAAUACUCGAGAAAAGUUCACGGCCUAUCUGCAGCAUCUGAGGGACACCGUCACAGCACUUCGAGCGCAGUGUCCUAACAUCCUGAUGCUGCAGCUUAUUCGGGUGGACGCUACGGAGGUGAAUCAAAAGCUGGAGCAGUGCGCCGAAGAUUGUAUCGCCAAGUUGCUGAAGUCGUUGGCCGUACGGAACCAGGACCGAUCCUCACGCUUGGUGAAGCAGUUCGAACACCUCAAUGGACGCAUCAUGCGACAGCCAGAGAACGAGGAACAACUGGUUGAACUGGAGACUGCGGUGGAAGAGGCCAAGGCCAAGGUCCUUCCCAGCUUGCUGGAAGAAUACGAGGACAUCAAAGCUUGGCUCUUCUUGGCCUGGGAUCAGGAAUACAUGCUGACGGACGAGGACUACAACCCCAUCUGGGCGGCGUCGCAAUGGAAGACCUACGGCGAGAACAUCGCGGAGCGGGAGAAGGAUCUGGAAUUGGACCGUUUGAACAUCGAAGGCAAACUCAUCACGAGGCGAACGGAGUUGCAGGAAGAAUUGGCUAACUUGAUGACCAGCGUGCACAAGUUCAAAGAGAAAGGUCAAGUCAGAUAUCUCGAAGAAUAUUUGGAGGAUUUGUCCAGCAUCAAGAAGAACUUGACCGCCCUGCAGGCGCGAUGCGAGAGAAUUCAGUACGAAGAGGAGCUGGUGGGCUUUGAACCCGGAGAGUUCGAGAUCAACGACGCCUUCGCAGCUGUGGAACCGUACGACAAGCUGUGGAACUUGGUCUUCGAGCACAAAAAGGCGCACCAGAGAUGGACGCGCACACCUCUCUUCGGCGGUCAAAUCUCCCCAGAGGAAGUCGAAUCGGAGGUGAUGAGCAUGUGGCGUUUGUCCUUCAAGCUGAAGGCAGGCUUCGAACAGGAAGGUUUCACCAAGCCCGCCAAGGCCGCAGAGAAGGUGAAGAAUGACUUGGAUGCAUUCAAGGAGAAUGUCCCGUUGCUCCAUGCGUUGGUGAAUCCCGGGCUCCGGCAACGGCACUGGACCGAGAUUUCCAACGUCAUUGGCUUCGAGAUGGGACCCGAUCCCACCAUGACGCUCAACAAGGCCCUGGAUGUGGACAUCGGGGCGUAUGUCCAGAAGAUCAGUGAGAUCUCGGAGUCCGCGGCCAAGGAGUACCAAAUCGAAAGUGGCCUAGAAGGCAUGAUCAAAGAAUGGGAGCCCGUGGUCAUGGAGUUUAAGGACUGGGGCACCACAGGCACCUACAUCGUGGCCGGCACUUCCAUUGACGAGGUGCAAACCCUAUUGGACGAUCAUGUCAUCAAGACUCAGACCAUGAAAGGUUCGCCUUAUGCCGCGGAGUUCAAGGAGAGGCUGGAAGACUGGGAGAAGUAUCUCACCGCGGUGCAAGAUGUUGUGGACGUGUGGUUGAAGGUGCAAGGAGUUUGGCUCUACCUGGAGCCUAUCUUCUCCUCAGAGGACAUCAUGCAGCAGAUGCCUACGGAGGGUCGCCUCUUCCGGGAAGUUGAUGGCACCUGGCGGCAAAUCAUGGCUGCCUGCGUGGCGGCACCCAAAGCCUUGGAGGUGUUUCGACAAGACAACUUCCUGGAAAACCUGACAGCGGCCAACGAUAAGCUGGAGACAGUGCAGAAGGGCCUGAACGACUACCUGGAGACAAAGCGCCUCUUCUUCCCGCGCUUCUUCUUCCUGUCCAACGACAACUUGCUGGAGAUCUUGAGUGAGACGAAGGAUCCCAAGCGGGUCAACGCUCACGUGAAGAAAUGCUUUGAAGGCAUGCAGAGUCUUCAGUUCGAAGAGAAUCUGAACAUUUCGGGCAUGAUUUCACCCGAGAAGGAGCUGGUACCUAUGACGAACUACGUGGACCCGGUGGCAGCCAACGGUGCAGUGGAGAAGUGGUUGGUACAGGUGGAGGACGCCAUGUUGGAAUCCAUCCGGGACCAGUCCUUCCAGUCUCGUGAUGACUACGUGAACACCGCCUUUGUGGAUUGGGUGCAGAAGUGGCCGGGCCAGGUGGUCAUUGGCAUUUUCAAUCUCUUUUGGACAGCUGAAGUCAAUGAGGCACUGGUGGAACGAGGAAAUGCGGGCUUGGUCGACUAUGCCACCAAGCUGGAUAACACCUUGACAGAGAUCGUGAAUUUGGUGCGGCGAGAGAUUCCCAAGUUGGUGCGUUGCACGUUGGAGGCUCUGAUCGUGAUCUUUGUUCACAACAAGGACACCAUUGUGGAGCUGCGAGACCGUGGGACCUCGGAGGCAACGGACUUCGACUGGUUGGUGCAGCUUCGAUAUUUCAUCGAAGAGAACCCGGAAAAGCCAGGUCAGGAGGACAUUUUUGUUCGCAUCACCAAUAGUCACUUGGGCUAUGCCUAUGAAUACCUGGGCAACUGUGGACGCUUAGUGGUCACACCCCUGACAGAUCGCUGCUAUCGCACCUGCUGCGGCGCCUUGCACCUGCUCUACGGCGCGGCGCCCGAGGGCCCCGCGGGCACUGGAAAGACCGAGACGGUGAAGGACCUGGCCAAGGCGCUGGCACGCUUUUGCGUGGUCUUCAACUGCAGUGACGAAUUGGACGUCAACGCCAUGGCCAAAUUCUUCAAAGGCUUGGCCUCUUCGGGUGGUUGGGCCUGUUUUGACGAGUUCAAUCGCAUCGAUGCAGAGGUGCUGAGUGUCAUUGCGCAGCAGAUCUUGCAGAUCCAAAACGCAAUCAAGGCUCGCUUCACCUGUUUCGAGUUCGAGGGGACGGCCAACUUGCCGCUGAAAUGGACCUGCAACUGCUUCAUCACCAUGAACCCCGGCUACGCGGGCCGCGCCGAGCUGCCGGACAACUUGAAGGCGCUCUUUCGGACGGUGGCGAUGAUGGUGCCGGACUACGCGAUGAUUGCAGAGAUUAAGCUCUACUCAUACGGUUAUGCCGACGCCAGAUCUUUGGCUCAAAAGAUCGUGACAACCUACAAGCUGUGUAGUGAACAGUUGUCCUCCCAGAAGCACUACGACUACGGCAUGCGCGCUGUCUUCUCGGUACUGGUCGCGGCGGGGAACCUGAAGCGCAAAUACCCCACCGAGAAGGAAGAGAUUCUGAUGCUUCGCUCCAUUUGUGACGUGAACUUGGCGAAGUUUUUGGCCUUUGACGUGCCGUUGUUCAAGGGCAUCACGUCGGAUCUGUUCCCUGGGGUUGUCUUACCGGAGCCGGACUUUGGAGCUUUGACCACGAAGUUGGGAGAGCACCUGAAUGCCGAGCAUUGCCAGCCUCAUCCCUACUUUAUCGAGAAGAUCAUCCAGUUCUACGAGUGCCACAUCGUGCGUCACAGCGUGAUGUUGGUGGGGAUGCCUUUCAGUGGCAAAACUACGGCUUUGAACUGUCUGCAGAAGACCCUCACAGAUCUGGCCCAUGAGGGUAUCAUGCACGCAGGAUGCGCGGUGCAUCAGGCACGGCUGAAUCCCAAGAGCAUCCCGGCCCCAUGCCUCUACGGCACCUUCGACGAGGUCUCUAAGGAAUGGGCAGACGGAAUCGUUGCGGUGCUCUUCCGUGAGUUUGGACGCAACAUGACGGAGGAGAGGAAAUGGCUGGUCUUCGACGGACCUAUUGAUGCAGUGUGGAUUGAGAACAUGAACACCGUGAUGGAUGAGAACAAGAAGUUGUGUUUGAACAGUGGCGAGAUCAUAGCCAUGUCACCCAACAUGCGCACCAUUAUGGAGCCCAUGGAUGUGAACGAGGCCUCGCCUGCCACGAUCUCCCGCAACGGCAUGGUCUUCUUCGAACCCCAUUUGAUGGGAAUUGACCCCUUGAUGGAGAAGAAUUUCUUGGGCGGGAUGCCUGAGAUUUUGGACGAGGAAGAGGUUGCAGAGGUUCGCGCCAUGGUGGGCUGGCUCUUCAAGCCGUGCAUCAAGUAUAUCCGGGAGGAGUGUCACGAGGUGUCCCCUACGCAAGAUCAGAGUCUGGUGCAGAACUUCAUGAACAUGUUGAUGUCGCAUAUGGCUGACUACCUGCAGCUAGAGGGCUACAAGAAGACCGAGGGCAAUGAAGCGCAAGCCAAGAAGAACAUCAUGAUGAUCGACGCGGUGGUGGUCUUUAGCUUAGUGUGGUCCGUCGGCUGCGUCUUGCAGACCAACAGUCGGCCCGACUUCAGCGCCUACCUGCGACAAAUGCUGCAGAACAAGGUGGAAGGCAUGACGGCGCACAAAAAGUUGAGCCCCGAGUUUCCAGAACGCGGCUCCGUGUUCGACUGGGUCUUCAAUGCAGAGGAACUCAAAUGGAUCGGCUGGAUGGACACGGUCGAGCCGCAGACGAUUAAAGCGGGAUCUGCUGUGGAAUCCAUCAUCGUACAGACCUUGGACAGUGUGAGGUAUGGAUAUGUCCUGCAGCAUUGCAUCAAGCACCGUAUCAAGUUGCUCUUUUGCGGUCCCACCGGCACCGGUAAGACGGCGUACAUGCAGCAGAACCUCAUGAGUUUGUCGAAGGAAAGCUUCACGCAGAUCAUGAUGGGCUUCUCUGCCCAGACGAAGUGCGCGCAGACGCAGGACCUGAUUGAUGCCAAGUUGGACCGUCGUCGGAAAGGUGUCUACGGCCCACCUUUCGGGAAGCUUUGUGUUCUGAUGGUCGAUGAUCUGAACAUGCCCAACAAGGAGACGUAUGGCGCGCAGCCUCCAAUCGAGAUUUUGCGUCAAAUGAUUGAUGCCAGGGCAUAUCCAGAGAGUGGAGGAUGGUAUGAUCGAAAGGACGUGACGCAUCCCUUCCGCAGCAUCAUCGACGUGCUCCUCUUCGCAGCCAUGGGACCACCUGGAGGUGGACGCACCUUCAUUACCCCGCGGAUGUGUGGACAUUUGUACUUGGUUGGCUUCCCCCUGUUGGAUGACGACAACAUGAAGAUGAUUUUCUCCACCAUUUUGGAUUGGAAGCUUCAAGCUGACAACUAUCCAGGUGAGGUCAGUGGCCUUUCCAAGAAGAUCGUGGCAGGGACUUUGGAGAUUUACAAAGCGGCGGUGGAAGCGCUUCUACCGACACCCCUGAAGGUUCAUUAUACCUUCAACCUGCGCGACUUUGCGAAGAUUAUCUUCGGUGUGCUGCUCAUGAAGAAACAGGAGUGUGAUGGUGUGGCGCGUCACGUUCGCCUUUGGGUGCAUGAGAUCUGGCGUGUCAUUGGGGAUCGGUUGGUGGUCAACGAAGAUCGUCUCUGGAUGUUGGAGCAGGUGCGUGCCGUGACCAAGAACGUCUUUGGGCAGGGCUUCGACGAAGUCUUCAAGCACUUGGACAACAAUGGCGACGGCAAGGUCACCACCUUGGAUGAAGUUCGCACCCUGAUCUUUGGAGACAUGCUAUCGCAGCCGGCUGCACCGAACCGACCAUACACGGAGUGUCCCGAUAUCCCGCAACUGCAGCAACAGGUCGAAUCACAUUUGGAGCAGUACAAUUUGAUGUCCACCAAAAAAAUGGACUUGGUGUGUUUCCUCUACAUGUUGGAACACUUGUCCCGCGUGGCACGUGUCAUCAAAACGCCUGGGGGCAAUGCGUUGCUCGUGGGCGUCGGCGGUAGUGGACGACAAAGCUGCAGCAGGUUGGCGUGUUUCCUGGCGGAUUGUAAUGUCUUCCAGAUCGAGAUCGCUCGCGGCUACGACCAAGUGGCAUUCCGUGAGGAUUUGAAGAAACUGCUGAUCGGCGCCGGGGGCAAAGGUGAGAAGACCGUCUUCCUGUUCUCAGACUCACAGAUCAAGAGCGAGGGUUUCGUGGAGGAUUUGAACAACCUUUUGAACACCGGAGAGGUGCCCAACCUCUUCGCGCCCGAUGAACGGGUGCAGGUCUGUGAGAUGGUCCGCGCUGCGGCGCGCCAGGAAGGCAAGGCCCCGGAGGGAACGCCGAACCAACUUUAUGCCUACUUUGUGGAGAGGUGCCAAAAGUUGCUGGCCAUCGUCCUAUGUUUCUCUCCCAUUGGUGACGCCUGGCGGGCGCGAAUUCGACAAUUCCCUUCCUUGGUGAAUUGCUGCACCAUCGACUGGUACACCGAGUGGCCCGCAGACGCCCUGGUGGCGGUCGCUGAACGCUUCCUGGGACAGGUGGAAAUGGAGGAGGCGGUCAGAGCGAGUUGUGUGGAGAUGUGUUCCGUCUUCCAUUCGCAGACGACUGAGCUGGCCGUGGAGUUCAAAAACAGCUUGAAGCGCAUCUACUACGCCACUCCCACCUCUUUCCUGGAGCUCAUUCAGACCUUCAAGACACUCCUGGGUGGCAAGCGAAAACAGGUCACGGAUUUGAAGGAUAAAUACGAGAAGGGCCUGGACAAGAUUCUCACCACAGAGCAAUCUGUGGAGGGAAUGAAGGUGGAACUGAUCAAUCUGCAACCCAAAUUAAUCGCAAAGAAUGAAGAGGUGGAGAAGAUGAUGAUCGUGGUGGGUGAGGAGUCCGAAAAGACCGCCAAGGUGAAAGAAUCCGUGGCCGCAGAUGAAGCCGUGGCCGCGGAGGCGGCGGCCAAAUCGGAGGCGCAGAAAGCGGAGGUGGAGGCGGACCUCGAGGAGGCCAUGCCGGCUCUAACUGAAGCCUUGGGCGCUCUGGACACGUUGUCGGCCAAAGAUAUUGGAGAAAUCAAAGCAAUGAAGAACCCACCUGGGCCUGUGAAGUUGGUCCUGCAGGCAGUGUGCAUCAUGAAGAGCAUUAAGCCCAAUCGCGUGAAGGAUGAGUCGGGGAAGAUGGUGGAAGACUUCUGGGGACCCUCUGUGAAGAUGGUGGGCGAAUCCGAUUUCCUGCGAUCUCUGCAAUCCUUCGACAAGGACAACAUCCCAGCGGCGACCAUCAAGAAGAUUCAAACCUUUAUGCCGUUGGAUGACUUCCAACCUGCUCGCGUCAAGACGUGCAGUACAGCUGCCUGGGGCAUUUGCAUGUGGGUUCGCGCCAUGGAGACCUACGACCGCGUGGCCAAGGUGGUGGGUCCCAAGAAGGAGGCGCUGGCCAUCGCGGAGGCGGAGUACGCGGAGGUGAUGGAAAAAUUGAACGAGAAGCGUGCUGAGUUGCAAAAGGUCUUGGAUCAAUUGGCUGAGCUCGAGGCGCAGCUGAAUGGCCUGAAAGCUGAGAAGGACGAUUUGGCGUAUCAAGUGGAUCUGUGCAAAAAGAAAUUGGACCGCGCAGAGACCUUGAUCGAAUCCCUGGGCGGCGAGAAGAGCCGAUGGACGCAGAACGCCAAGGAUUUGGCCGUGGACUAUGUGAAUUUGACGGGCGACGUCAUCGUGUGCAGCGGUUUGAUCGCGUAUUUGGGCGCCUUCACCCCCGACUUCCGGGAACGCACAGUCAAAUCUUGGACUGAGCUGUCCCUCCAGAAAUCCAUCCCGGGGAAGGAGAAGGUUAGCCUGGAGGACUGUUUGGGUGAGCCGGUGAAGAUUCGAAACUGGACCAUUUGUGGUUUGCCCAACGACGCCUUCUCCAUUGAGAAUGGCAUCAUCGUGGACAAGUCCCGGCGAUGGCCCUUGUGCAUUGAUCCUCAGGGCCAGGCGAACAAGUGGAUCAAGAAAAUGGAGGAGCCCAACACCUUAGCUGUGAAGAAGUUCACUGACAGCGACUACAUCCGGCGUUUGGAGGGCUGCAUUACCUACGGCAACCCCAUGUUGAUCGAGAAUAUCCUGGAGGAGACAGACCCAGCGAUUGAGCCCGUGUUGCUCAAGCAGACGUAUAAACAAGGCAACCGUGUGAUGCUGAAGUUGGGCGAGUCGGUUCUUGAGUAUAACAAGGACUUCAAGUUCUACCUCACCACAAAGUUGCGCAACCCACACUACUUGCCGGAGAUCGCAGUCAAGGUCACCCUGUUGAAUUUCAUGAUCACAGUGGUUGGUCUUCAGGAUCAGUUGUUGAACAUCGUGGUGCAAGCAGAACGUCCGGAGCUGGCAGAAGAGAAGGCUCGAUUGGUGAUCGAAGGGGCAGAAAACAAAGCACAACUGGAGGAAACUGAGAACAAGAUCCUGCACGUCUUGCAAACCUCUCAAGGCAACAUCUUGGAGGAUGAGACGGCGAUCAAUGUGUUGAGCUCCAGCAAAGCCUUGUCCAACAAGAUUGCGGCCAAGCAGGAGAUCGCUGAGGAGACUGAAAAGCAAAUCGAUGAAGCGCGAUUGGGCUAUGUGCCAGUGGCCUUCAAAACGGCCAUUUUGUUCUUCUGCAUCUCCGAUUUGGCUAACAUCGAUCCGAUGUAUCAGUACAGUUUGCCGUUCUUCGUAAGUCUUUUCCUGUCGUCCAUCGAAAAGGCCGAAAAGAGCGAUGUCUUGGAGACGCGCAUCGAACAUUUGAACGACACCUUCAGGUACACCCUCUACUGUAAUAUUUGCCGAAGUCUCUUUGAAAAGCACAAGACGCUCUUCUCCUUCCUCCUUUGUAUGCGUCUCUUGUUGUCCACAGAUGAAGCGGAUUAUGACGACUAUCGUUUCCUACUGACGGGCGGCGUCUCCCUGGAAGAUCCCCCUGCGCGGCCGGCGGAGUGGGUGCCGGACCGCUGUUGGGGAGAACUCUUUCGAUUGGCCAAGUCCAAGGAGUUCUACCAAGGGUUCCAUGAAAAAUUCGGGACCGAAUUGCCUGCAUGGAAGAUGGUUUACGACGAUGUGAACCCAAUGAAAUUGCUGAAAGAAGAAGGCACACGUCCCAAGUCCAUGGAGGGCUUCAACGACUUCCAGGACCUGAUGAUUUUGCGUUGCAUCCGCCCGGAUCGUGUGGUCCCGGCGGUGUUGGAGUUCGUGGCCGGAAAGCUGGGGGAGAAGUUUGUGAAUCCGCCACCCUUCGACUUGGCCGGAUCCUAUUCGGAUUCCAACGCCAUGUCACCGUUGAUCUUCAUCCUCUCGCCUGGCGCAGAUCCCGGGAGCAACCUCUACCGCUUUGCUGCAGAGAAACACCGUGAAGUCGCCAGCAUUUCUUUGGGACAAGGUCAAGGUCCCAAGGCUGAAAGGCUCAUGGACAUUGCCACCAAGGACGGAGGCUGGGUCCUGCUUCAGAACUGCCACUUGGCCACGAGCUGGAUGCCGCGCUUGGAACGCCUGCUGGAUGAGAAAGACCCCAAGAAGGUUCACAAGGACUUCCGCUUGUGGCUCACUUCUUAUCCUUCCAACAAGUUUCCCGUGGCGAUCCUGCAAAAUGGGGUCAAGAUGACCAAUGAAGCACCCAAGGGCUUGAGGGCCAACAUGACAGGGUCCUACAACAUGGACCCCAUCAGCAACGAGGAGUUCUUCAACGCCUGCACUUGCGACGCUGCUUUCAAACGCCUGUGCUUCAACCUGUGCUUCUUCCAUGCGGUGAUCCAAGAACGACGCCUCUUUGGCCCGUUGGGAUGGAACAUCGCCUAUGAGUUCACCGAGAACGACCUUCGCAUCUCGGUGCGGCAGCUGCAGAUGUUCCUGGACGAAUAUCCCAAUGAGGCGCCCAUCAAGGCACUGAACUAUUUGACGGGCGAGUGCAACUAUGGUGGCCGAGUCACAGAAGCCAUGGACCGACGGCUCUUGGCCACUCUGUUGAAGAGCUACUACUGCCAGGAAGCCUUGACAGAUGACUUCAUCCUGUACCAAGAGCAGAAUGGCGCCACCUAUGUGCCGCCGCCCAAGGGAGGCUACGAGGAGCAUCUGGAACACAUCCGCAACCUGCCCUUGGUGACGCCUCCUGGCGUCUUUGGCUUUCACGAAAACGCCAACCUUACCAAGGAAAUGGGCGAGACAUACAACAUGAUGACUGAGCUCCUGCUCACUGCGGGCUCCAGCAGUUCGGCGGGCGGCUCCUCGCCCGACGUGGUGGUCGGCGAAAUCGCCAAGGAUGUACUGAGCCGACUGCCUGAACCCUGGGACGUGGCAAAGGUGCAGGAGAAGUAUCCCACCCUCUAUGAAGAGAGCAUGAACACUGUCUUGGCGCAAGAAUUGAAGAGAUUCAACGGCCUCCUGAAGGCGAUUCAACAGUCCUUGAAAGAUAUUCAGAAGGCCGUGAAAGGUUUGCUGCUGAUGAGUGCAAAUCUGGAGACCGCCUUCUUCGAGAUUUUUGAUGGAAAAACUCCAGCUAUGUGGCUCAAGCAUUCCUAUCCAUCUCUGAAGCCUUUGGGAGGCUAUAUCAACGACCUGGUGGAAAGGCUGAAGUUCUUCCAGAAGUGGGUGGACAACGGUGCCCCGGUGAUGUUUUGGUUCAGCGGCAUCUACUUUACCCAAGCCUUUACCACUGGAGCCUCCCAGAACUUUGCGCGAAAGUAUCAGAUCCCCAUCGAUACAUUGACCUUCGACUUUUUCUAUCCCAAGGAACAAGAGUUCACGGUGAAGCCAGAUGACGGGGUCUACACCUACGGUCUGUUCUUUGAAGCGUGCCGUUGGGAUUGGACCGAGUGGAAACUGGCGGAGUCCGAGCCCAAGGUACUUUAUGCAAGCGUGCCUUUGAUUCACCUCAUGCCUUGUGAGAAGAGCAAACAGCGAGAGUUUGCGCAUUACGAAUGCCCUUGCUACAAGGUCUCAACACGUAAGGGCGUCCUAUCGACCACAGGUCAUUCCACGAAUUUUGUGAUGCUGAUCAAAAUCAUCAGCGACGUCGACGAAGCCCAUUGGAUUAAGCGUGGCGUGGCAAUGCUCACGUCCCUGGACACCUGA